ACAUCAUCUCCUGACUCAGUGGAGCAUAUAAGCUCAUCAGGAAAGCAUGUAUCGACUUGAUUUGGAGGGCGAUCUGCCUCGUAUCGUCAAGCAAUUACUCGAGCCCUCCCGAAACCCAACCAUUUGAUCACACCUCCCAGAAUGGAACGUAAUGAAGCCGCACUGGCGAUUGAAGCGAUGGACGUCGAGAAGAAGCAGACUUACGAUCACGUCGAGGAUAUAGACGCGCUAGAGUCGGAAGCGCAAGCUCGAGACAGCGCCAAUGGUACGGUUGGAUUGACCAAUGCGGAUGGCGAAGUUUUGCUCGUCCCUCAUCCGAGCGCGGAUCCCUCUGAUCCUCUCAAUAUGCCGCUAUGGCGCAAAUGGGUCUUCGUGAUUAUUCUCUCGACUUUCUCCUGCGUCGGAAACACUUGCGUUUCCGCAGCUGGAUCUCUGAUCUCGUUCUUCCUGAUGGACUACGUCAAUGCUGGGAAGGGCUAUCAAGAUAUCACCAACCUUAUCACGGUACCUACCCUUUCAAUGGGUCUCGGCAACCUUGUCUUCAUGCCGAUCGCGCUUGCCAUCGGACGUCGACCAGUAUUCCUCUUCUCUUGCGCGCUUCUCUUCGUCGGCAGCGUUGUGGCUUCUCAGGUUACAAACUAUGAGUACCACUUGGCUGUCCGCAUCGUCAUCGGAUUCGCCGCGGGACAAUCCGAGGCGCUGGUUCCUCUCAUGUUGAAGGAAACCUUCUUUCUGCACGAGAGGGCCAACAUUCUCUCUUUCCAAGCGGCGUUCCAGACGACCGUCGGCUGUAUCUUGACCAUAUUUGCUUCCAACAUCGCUGCGGCUAUAGGAUGGAAGAACUGGUACAGCCUGUACGCCGGACUCUCUGGAUUCCUCUUCGUCGUUUCCUUCUUUUUCGUCCCGGAGACCGCCUUCGAAAGGCCUUUGAGCGCCUAUGCCUCGAUGACUGCCACAGUACCGGAUGCCGUUACCGAUAGCAGUACCGUAGCCGCCCGUCAAGCCGGAGGCUAUACCCAGGCGACUCGCCCUGCUCUAGACGCUGAAAAGUAUGGUCCGAGGACCCUCAGGAAGACGAUGAGGCUGUGGGCUGGCAAGUCGGAUUGGACAGAGGCGUGGCUGGUCUUGAAACACACUGCGCAAAUGCUUCUGUUCCCGAACAUGCUCGUCAUUGUCCUCAUGAACGCCUGGUACUUAGGUGUCAAUAUCGGGAUGGGAACCACUUACGCGACUCUGCUGGAAGCGCCCCCUUACAAUUGGGCUCCUAAGUGGGCUGGUAUGGCUCAAUUGGGCCAGAUCGUCGUGGCUUUCGUUGCUCUUCCCGCCUUGGGUAUUCUUUCGGACAAGUUGAUCACGUACAUGGCCAGGAGGAAUGGAGGAGUCCACGAACCCGAGACUCGACUCAUACCUCUCGUCUUCCCCGUCUGCUUGGGGGUUCUGUCGACCGUCCUGUUCGGAGCUGCCUAUGCCGAUCCCUACAAGUUCCACUGGUUCGUUGUCAUUUUCGCUUAUUGCGGUUCAUACUUUGCCUUUAUCGCUGCGUCUGUAGCUGGACAAACGUACAUGCUCGAUUGUUACCCGACCCGGAGCGGCGUGAUCUCUUUCGGUCUUACCUACUCACUCGUCCCGACCACAACUGCUAUGGGGUACCUCAAGGCGUACGGGAUGUACGCCGGAGUCAUGUCGAUCUUCGCCUUGAUGGCGGUAGCACUUUACUUCAAGGGCAAAACUCUCCGAAGGUGGACUCUCAAAUACGUCAAGGAAGAUGGUGACCCUUCGAAACCUCACUAUGGCUAAGCUGCUAUCCUUACGGUACAGGGGUGAGAAGUGAAAGACGGGGGGGUUGAAAGCCUGUACAAACUGAAAGGUUGUAGUUCGACGACUCAAAUUUGUAGUUCCAAG